UCCAUUCCGGGAAGAAGGUCGAGACGUGGGUUGGAGAGUUGCAGACAGACAGACAGAACGGGACCAGGCAGAUUAAAACCUUGUCGCCGGAAAGGUCGUGUGUUUCCCGAAAUGAAGAUCCAGUUCGCUCCGCUGAACAUCCCUCUGCGGAGGAGACUCCAGACAGCCGCGGUGCUGCAGUGGGUCUUCUCUUUCCUUGCGCUCGCCCAGUGUUGUCUAGCAGGGUAUGUGUUGCUGUGCGUCUCUGAUUGGUGGGUUCUGGCGGCGCUGUAUGCUGGUUGGCUGUAUCUGGACAGGGACACACCCACCAGCGGGGGUCGGAGGUCAGAGUGGCUUCGGAACUGGAGCAUCUGGAAACACUUCAGAGACUACUUCCCUCUCAAUGUAAGACUCUAA